GGGGGAUGGGUUGUUGAAUGAUAAAACCAGAGGUGGAGACGGUUUGAGACAGUGGUAAAUUUAUAUCAGCAACCAAUCGCCUAGUUUGUGCUUACAUGAGCAUAAUUAUUUUUGAGCAUUGUUUAAGGUGAGGUGAUUCGUUUUGCUUUUCGCUAACAACCUCGCAAGCGUGAGUGCUUGUGAAGAUGACGAUGCCGCAUGUAGGGGCAGUGUUUGCAACAAUAGCAGGAGUGAUGGCUAUCAUGUUGCACUCCUCUAUUCACAAAAUAGAGGAAGGACACCUUGCUGUGUACUACAGAGGUGGGGCAUUGCUUACCUCUCCCAAUGGCCCUGGAUAUCACAUUAUGCUGCCUUUCAUUACAACCUACCGAUCAGUGCAGACUACACUCCAAACGGAUGAGAUAAAGAAUGUGCCUUGUGGAACAAGUGGUGGCGUAAUGAUAUAUUUUGACAGGAUAGAAGUUGUUAAUAUGUUGGUUCCUUCAGCAGUGGUGGACAUUGUGAGGAACUAUACUGCUGAUUAUGACAAAACUCUAAUUUUCAACAAAAUUCAUCAUGAACUGAACCAGUUCUGCAGUGUACACACGCUACAGGAGGUCUACAUUGAGUUGUUUGAUAUUAUAGAUGAAAACCUAAAGACCGCAUUGCAGAAAGAUCUUAACGCUAUGGCACCUGGACUGACAAUACAGGCAGUCCGUGUUACUAAGCCAAAGAUCCCAGAGUCUAUCAGAAGGAACUUUGAACUCAUGGAAGCAGAGAAGACUCGUCUUUUAAUAACAGCUCAGACUCAGAAGGUUGUUGAAAAGGAAGCAGAAACUGAAAGGAAGAAGGCCAUUAUUGAGGCUCAGAAAGUGGCUCAGGUUGCAGAGAUCCAGUUUAAACAGAAAGUGAUGGAGAAAGAGACAGAGAAGAAGAUCUCUGAGAUAGAGGAUGCUGCCUUCCUGGCCAGGGAGAGGGCAAAGGCUGAUGCAGAAUAUUACAGUGCUGCAAAGUUCGCUGAAGCAAACAGGGUGAAGUUAACGCCGGAAUAUCUGGAGCUGAUGAAGUAUCAGGCUAUUGCAGCUAAUAGUAAGAUCUACUUUGGUCAGGACAUUCCCAACAUGUUUGUUGAGGGAACCAACAGCCCCCCAAAGCCGGCGUCGUCCUCUGCUUUUCCCAGUGGCGAACCAGAAUUGCUUAAAGCAAAGACAAAUAGCCACUGAGUACACAACUCUGCCUCAGCACAGGACAGGAGAACCAGAUGAGGACUUGUCUUGUUACUGAAGAUGAUGGGUGGGGUAGCUUUCAGCUAGUUUGGUGAACCGCAUACUUCAGUCUUAAAUCAAAAGGGCGAAGAAUGAAUAAGAGAAAUAAUGGUGAAAGAAGAGUGAAAAUGAAACAGGAGGGACUAGGUAUGAAUGGAAGUCAACUCCGCUCUUUUGGGGGAGAUGAGCUUAAGAAAACAAGAAAAUGUCAUAGUCAAAAUUAAAGCAUAAAAAUGCUAAUGCCUGGGAAGGUGACAGCAAGUAGUCGCCCUAACUUACAUGUGCUUUUUAUAUCAUUGCAGCGUUUAACUUUGCUUUUGGAGCUGCCUUCGCUGUUUGUGUGCAAGAGGGAUGAUUUGUGAUUUAAAAUUUGUUUGAUUUUUGAUAGUUUGAGGCUUGGCUGCACUGGAAUCUUGACAGAUGACACUAAUUAAUUGUUGGAUGGACAAUGUACAUAUGAAGGGGAUAAGUAAUCUCUGUGCCAUCUUUUCUUGCACUGGUUGGUUUCACAGCAUGAGUUAAUGCUUGGACCAUUUAAUCACACCUCAUGUCAAAUGCUGCUCGUGGUGAACUUCUGACACUUGGCCAAGUUAUAUAGAGAUGUUUUAACAUUACAGUUCAUUACAGAUGUAAUGAUUACAGUUCAUCACUACAUGGAGCCCAUGAUCAUUUCUAUUUGACUGAAAUCGUACAAAUGUGCUGAGAAAAUUUUAUUUACAGUGGAGCAAUGGAUGGGUGUUAUGAGAUUAGUUUAUUCGCUGGUGUUUUCUGUAGUCAUCUGAAAUCUAAUUACAUGUUAUAUUUGCUGGGAAGCAAGGGAGGAAAGAAAAUCUAGUUUUGACAAAUAAUAUGGUAGUCCAACAACAAAGUAAUCCUUGGGGGUCGCCAACGCUGGGAUGUUGUGAUUUGUUCUCCAUCUUAUCAAUUUAGAAAGUUUGGUAGGUUUUCAUUGUUGGAGUUUUGCAUGCUUGAUUCAGAUGAUUAACAGCCCGUGACUGUUUCCCAACUCUCUUCUUACACUGCUUUUGUACACAGAUCAAUGUAAAUUCUCAUGAAGUGUAUUUGAAAUGAGACCGCUGUUCUCUUGCCUGAAACGUACACUCUCCAGAAGCUUAAAUAUAUAAAUUACGCUCUGAUUUAACGUCCGAUAAAAAUGAGAAUUGUUCAGUUAAAAUGAACUAUUGUUUUCUGCACCAGCCCCUUCAAAUCUACACGAUUUAUUGUUGACUGUCACCACCUGUCAACAAUAUUAAGAGGAAGGUCUGUCCAGGUAAAAUUAAUUAAAUAUUUUCUAUAGUCAGUGUUUACUUUUUUCUAAAACUCAAGUGAUUGAAUGGUAAAUGUCUCAAUAUUUACCAGUUACGUUAAUUUUUUACAUUUUUAAGGAUCUGGCAAAAAGCAUAUCCUAAUCACGGUAGAAGCUUAUGGUUUUUAAUUUGUUUAAUCUCUGUUCAGUUUUGUGAUGACAUGAGUUUCAGUACUUUACAACACGCUCUGCUCAGCUUAAUGAUUAAUGUUGACAUUGAUUUUGAAAAUGGUGAAAGUUGGUGCUAGUUUUUAAUGUUUUCAGCUUUUUGUUUUUGUUCAGCUCUGGGCUUCACAAACUCUGAAAUACUUCCAAUACUCAGAAUUCAAGCCUUAAAGAAUGAGUUACCCCAGACUUGCAGACUGGAUGAGUCAAUGAUUAUUACAGACUCAAAAGCUCCACUUUGAUUUUAGCUGAGACUAGCAGUGCACACUACUAGUGUUUGGAAGAUGGGCUGUUUACGUGAUCUGCACAUGGCAGUAAAAGGCUGCACUCUGCAUUACUUUGGUGGUGGGAUUUAAAAAAGAUGCAAAAUGGGGUAUGAACUUUUUUUUUUUUUUUCUUCUGAGGGGGGGGUCAAUAUUUUGUACAAUCUGUGAAAUUUGAACAUUGUCUCCUUGUUUUAAAAGGUUUAUAUGCAAAAUAUUUUCAAGUUUUGACAAUGUUCUUAUUUAAAAUAAAACCUAUUUUGGUACCACUA